UUGGCCUAACCAGGAGUUGAAGCUUCCUCUAAAGCUUAUCUACGUAUGCCAAUGCGGAUUCUACCUUUACAGUAUUGCUGCUCUUGUUACCUGGGAAACUCGAAGGAAGGACUUCGCUGUCAUGAUGUCCCAUCAUGUAAUCACGGUCUUCUUGAUUGGCUACUCACACUUGACUAGUUUCUUUCGAGUUGGCGCAAUUGUCCUGGCACUUCAUGAUGCGAGCGACGUGCUCUUAGAAGCUGCCAGAGUUUUCAAGUACUCUGAACAUGAGCUUGGAGCGAGCGUUUUCUCCGGAUUAUUCGCCCUUUCACGGCUCGUGCUACAUCUAAUAUACUUCCCAUUCUGGGUCAUCAGAACAACAGGGUGCGACCUCAUGUAAUUGAUCUCAAUUCAUUUACUUCUACAGGUUUUAGGAUAC